AAACAAUUAACUUCGUUAGUUAAUCUGUUAAAAUCCUUCCAUUUUGUGUUUAAUAUUCGUUUUGUGUGGUGUCUGUACAUAUUUUAGGAACAAUGGUCAACAUACUUGACGAUACUGACGAACAAGAGACUCAAAUCGGGGCCUUAUUGAGGUCCAUAAUUUGUUUAUAUGGAAACGAUGGCCUUCCAUUAUGCGACGCAAAUUCAGAAUUCAUGGUAUACGUUGGAAAAACGAUUCCAUACCAAAAAUUCGGCUACAAAUCUUUGAGAGAUUUCGUACAAACCUUACCUGAUAUUUAUAUUGUAAAAGAUGGACAAAAUAACGAUGUUCUAAUAGAGCAAAGCCUUAAAUCAGCUCACAUAAAGGAUCUGAUUCUCAAACAAAAAAAAAGCUACCCCAAAAGACGGUACAACUACUCCUGGGAAUCGAACAGAUCAAGUCCAAAAAGACCCAGGAUGGUUGAAAGAAAUAUCGUUCCUGAAGGUAGUUUUUAUCAUACUUCGAUUAAUACGCUUUCAAUGAACAGUUCUGAUAGGUUUAUACAAUUUGAGCAGCUUGAGUCUAUUCUGCCGGUUUUUUACAAACACCAAGCACUGGGAGAUGAAUUUUUUCUUGAUAUUGCAGACACCAAAUAUGGGUACUAUGUUCCUGAAAAAAGUCGUGAAAUUGGACUAUGUUGUGAACAAACAAUAUCCGAACUGACAGAAAAAGUAAAAUUCGCGGACUAUAUCGCCCCAAGAGUGAUAGUUAUGAUUGGGUUUGUGGACUUAUUAAGAGGAUCAUCUGUAAGCCAGAUGAUUUCAGACUUACGGCAACUGGUGAAGGAGUUAAAGAAAAAAAAUUGCAGGGUAACUUUGGUCACUUUAAUACCCUCACCCAAGUUGCCUUUUUGCCAAAGAUUGCAAAGAAGAAUGGACAUCUUCAAUAAUGCAAUUCUUGAUUAUACUUCAGAUAAUGACUUACAAUGCAAUGUGAUAGACAUGAAUUUGAUAUUCUUGAAGGAAGCACAGGCUUUCAAUCGAGACUUUGACAGAUUUCAAAAAGUGGCCAAAAAGGAUCCAUAUAAGGUAUUUUCGGAUUAUGGAAGGAAAACCUUCAUGGCUGCUUUAAGAAAAUGUUUGCGAGAGCAAAUUGAAGCUGGUCAUUAGUUAAUUUAAAUUUAAAUAAUUAAUUUUAGUUUAGCAUUUAUGACGUAGUUUUAAAUUAUUGCGCAUGUGAAGUGUUUUAGUGCAGUAAGUUAGAAUAAGUAGCAUAAGAUCUCCUGUGAUAUUUAAUAGUGUUUAUUUAUUUAUUAAUUUGAUUUAUAGGAAUUGUGGCCACAAUUUAAUAAAUUGUUUAGUUAU